AUGCAUGCAACCCAAACAGCUGUUGUCCUUGCAGUCAGAAAUGCUCGGGUUGGUUAUUUCAAUGGAAAGGUUAUUAACACAACCACUGCAACAACUCUAGCUAUAAACCCUUCUAUCCCUGAAACAGAGACACUUAUAUCAAGAGGAAAGAUUCCAGAUGACCUUUUAACACUGUCUUGUGUUGCUGGACAACUUAACUCACAAUACAGUAGGAUGACAAUCACAGCUGUUUUAGAACGUACAAGUGUUCUCUCUGAAACAGUUGAAACUACUAUCAGGGCUGCUGUGAGAAUCAUUAAAACUGAUUCUUUUUGCUAUCCAGCGUGCCCUUUGAAAAUUAAUGGCAAAGAGUGUAAAAAGAAAUGUGUCCAGCAAAAUGAUAAUGUAUGGUUUUGUUCAAGAUGCCAAACUCAUGUGCCAGAAUGCAAUUACAAAUACUUAUUGCAGAUGAAGCUCCAAGAUCAUAUAGGCACUCUUUGGGCUACUGCCUUUGAUGAGGUUGGCACAAAUUUGCUGCAAAUAUCUGCCAAGGACCUUUACAUGCUGCAGUACGAUUUAACUACAAAGAGAACACCUCAGACUAUUAUCAAGGGUGUCCUUUUAUCUAGCUUUGUUUUCACACUUUCUAUUACAACAGACAUGUACAAUUCAGAGCCCAGGCUCAAAGCAACAAUUACCAAAGUCACGAAUAUCAAUUUCUAG